CCUUCUUCCCUUCCCCCACCAUUUCCUUCUCCUCCCCCCACACGUCCGUUAAAAUGGUUCUCUCUGCUGUGCUCGGUUUCCCCAGGAUCGGUGCCAACCGUGAGAUCAAAAAGGUCGUGGAGGCCUACUGGGGCGGCAAGGUCCCCGCGGAGGAGGUCACCAAGGUCUCGGCCGAGGUGAAGAAGGCCACCUGGACCGGCCUGAAGGAGCGUGGCGUGGACAUCAUCCCCAGCGGUGAUUUCUCGCUCUACGACCACGUCCUCGACCACUCGGCGGCGUUCAACGUCAUCCCCAAGCGCUACCAGGGUCUUGGUCUCUCCGAUCUCGAUGUCUACUUCGCGAUGGGUCGUGGCCGCCAGUCUGAGGGUGUCGACGUCCCCGCGUCCGAGAUGAAGAAGUGGUUCGACUCGAACUACCACUUCGUCGUCCCUGAGGUCGACGAGGAGACCGACUUCAAGCUCCUCUACAACAAGGCCCUUGCCGAGUACAAGGAGGCCAAGGAGCUCGGCGUCACCACGCGCCCCGUCGUCCUCGGCCCGGUCACCUACCUCGCCCUCUCCAAGGCGUCGAAGGCUGCCAAGGCCGGCUUCAGCCCCAUCUCCGUCCUCCCCAAGCUCCUGCCCGUCUACAAGCAGCUCUUCACCGAGCUCAAGGAGGCCGGCGUUGAGCAGGUCCAGGUCGACGAGCCCAUCCUCGUCCUCGACACCGGCGCGUCGCUCGCGAAGGAGUUCCAGUCGGCCUACGCCGAGCUGUCUCCGGUUGCGCCGAAGAUCCAGCUCACCACCUACUUCUCGCGCCUCGACUCGAACCUCAACUUCGCCUCGAAGCUCCCCGUCGCUGGUCUCCACAUCGAUCUCGACCGUGCUCCGGGCCAGCUCGACGAGGUCAUCGCCGCCAUCAAGACCUCCAACAUCAGCGUCCUCUCGCUCGGCUUGGUGUCUGGCCGCAACAUCUGGAAGACUGACUUCGAGGCCGCGCUCAAGCUCGGCAAGAAGGCUGUCGACGCUCUCGGUGCCGACCGCGUCAUCGUCUCCACCUCUUCUUCCCUCCUCCAUACCCCGGUGACGCUCGCCAACGAGCACAAGCUCACCGAGGAGCAGAAGGACUGGUUCGCGUUCGCCCUCGAGAAGGCCGAGGAGGUCGCCACCCUCGCCGCUGCGCUCAACGGCUCCACCGACGCCAAGGUUACCGCCGCUCUUGAGGCCAACAAGGCCUCGAUCAAGCGCCGCCGUGACUUCGAGAGCAACUCCGAUGACACCGUCCGCAAGCGCGUCGCUGCGAUCACCCCUGACCAGCUCGACCGCAAGAGCCCCUUCGCCGUCCGCAAGGAAGUUCAGGCUAAGCACCUUAACCUCCCCAAGUUCCCGACCACCACCAUCGGCUCCUUCCCGCAAACCAAGGAGAUCCGUCAGGCGCGUGCUAAGCUUGGCAAGGGCGAGAUCACCCAGGAGGAGUACGACAACUUCAUCAAGAAGGAGAUUGAGAACGUUGUCAAGAUCCAGGAGGAGCUCGGCCUCGACUUGCUCGUCCACGGCGAGCCGGAGCGUAACGACAUGGUCCAGUACUUCGGCGAGCACCUCAACGGCUUCGUCUUCACGCAGAACGCGUGGGUGCAGAGCUACGGCUCCCGCUACGUCCGCCCGCCCAUCAUCGUCUCCGACGUCAGCCGCCCGCACCCGAUCACCGUCCAGUGGUCGUCGUACGCGCAGAGCGUCGCGAAGAAGCCGAUGAAGGGCAUGCUCACGGGCCCGGUCACCAUUCUCAACUGGUCCUUCCCCCGCGCCGACGUCUCCCGCGAGCUUCAGUCGAAGCAGCUUGCGCUCGCGCUCCGCGACGAGGUCAUCGACCUCGAGAAGGCCGGCAUCAGCGCCAUCCAGGUCGACGAGCCGGCCAUCCGCGAAGGUCUCCCCCUCCGCCGCUCCGACUGGGACGCGUACCUCAAGUGGGCCGUCGACUCGUUCAAGCUCGCGACCGCGGGCGUCACGGACCAGCUCCAGACGCACUCGCACUUCUGCUACUCCGACUUUGACGACAUCUUCCCGUCCAUCCAGCGCCUCGACGCGGACGUCAUCUCCAUCGAGGCGUCGAAGAGCGACAUGAAGCUGCUCGACACGUUCAAGCAGUACGGCUACUCGAACCAGAUCGGCCCGGGUGUGUACGACAUCCACUCGCCGCGUGUGCCGAGCGAGCAGGAGAUCAAGGACCGCCUCCAGGCGAUGCUUAACAUCCUGCCCGACUCGCUGUUGUUCGUCAACCCGGACUGUGGUCUCAAGACCCGUGGCUGGAAGGAGACGAAGGCUUCGCUCGAGAACCUCGUCGCCGCCGCCAAGUGGGCGCGCCAGCAGUACGCCUAAGGGCGCCAUCCUCCCUUCCGCUUCAACAGCGCUCUAUCGCAAGGUUAAUUAACUUAUUAACCGGGGUUCAUCCUCCGAGCGAGGGUUCCACCACCUGUUGUCGAUGGGAAGUUGUGUGUGCGUGCGUCGUCGUGGACGUGUGUGCGUCGUGGACGUGUGUGCGUUGAAGCGUGUGUGUGUGUCGGGCCCGUGGGCGUAGGUGCCGUCGGGUCUGAAGGGAUGUGCUUGGGCACGCCGCGAUGGGGGGUGUGCAGGAGGUUGGGUGUGCAUUGUAUCGCUUAGCAUCAUCGGGUUUCAACAGCCUGCACGAUUUCAACAAUCAUUGUAUCAGUAAUGUAGCAAUAUGUCCUCAUCGCGAUGUUUGACGGAUUUCUUAGUGAAGGA